AUGGUUUCUAUCGCAUCUACCAACCCCGGUGGCCGGGUUUCUUCCUUUUUUCUGGCCCUUCUCUUUUUUCUUGGGUUGGCAGGGUAUUGCAAUGCAGCUGUUCAGUGCACUAUCAUCACCAGUGACAACUGUGGUCGUACUAAGCAUCGUUUCAACCACAAGUUGCCUACCAGCCUAGGAAACACGUUCUAUGCUGAUGGCUUUCAUGGUGGCACCAUGUAUGCCAAGUUUCAGGCAAUGCGACAGUCUGUUACAGGCAACAAUGACUUUGUCGACGUGACUUACAACUUCAACCUUGGUGCAUAUGAAGGCACAUACUGGAUCCAGCUUCCAACAUCUUUCGGAGGAGGCACCACGUGUUAUGCGGUCUACAAGAACUGCGACGUCACUAUCAAGUUCUGGAACAGGAGGGAUUCUCUUCCAAGCACUUAUGCUCUGGUGUAG